GAAGAAGUGGGUUAGUCGUACAGUCACCGGGACAGGAUGGAAGUAUCACUGAUGACCCGGGAGGGGGACUGAGCGGACUCAGUACAAAAAGCGGACCCCGCGCCCUUGAGUUCGUAACCUCGCGACUGCAUUGUGCAAACCACAAAAUGUUCUCUCUUUCUUUGCGCAGAAGACUCGCCAGAUGUUUCGCGUUUCACUGAUGCACAAAUCUUAAAAGGAAAGAGGAAAGUCGUCAAAACUCGCUUGCAAUGCGCCAGAGCUAUGCGCAACGCUUUAUUAUUUUUUCUUAUUUUUUAGAGGAAAGCAAUGUACUUUAAUUCAGCUGCCUACCUGGCAGAGAAGCGGUGACACUUCCACUGGAGUAAAUAUUCCGUUAAAGUGAAUUUGAAGCGUUUGUCGAGCAAUCUGCAGUAAUUUGCCUGGCCCUGGGAGCAGCGGAGGGACGGAGAAUGGGGAACUCCUGGAUCAGAGCAGCUUUCUGCCUGCAGCUCUCUAUCUUUGCGCUUUGGAACUUUCGCCUGUCAGCGCGAGCGCAACAAGAUGGACCUCUUCAUUAUUACGACGACGAAAACGUGAUCGAUCUGCUAGAAGCCCUGAAUAUCACCAGAUCCAUCAAGGGAGUGACCAAAGCCAAGGGCCUGGAGCCGGGCGUCCCGGCCUGGAAGUUCCGCCAGCGGGUUCCCCACCUCACCCUGCCCCGGGACUUCUCCAUCUACUUCCUCAGCACCAUGCAGGGCUCCAUCGGCUUCCACUUCGUGGCCCAGCAGGCAAAGAGCUCCGACGGCACCCUCAUCUCCUUCAUCUCACCCGCUGCCCUGAAGAAGGACGGCCGGCCCCUGCUGCAGCUGGUCUCCAGCACCCGCUCCAACCAGCUACGGCUGGACUACCGGGCGGUGCACAGCAUGGAGCCCGCCAGCAUCCUGUUCCCCGGGGGCACGCCCUUCUCCAGCGGACGCUGGGCCCGCGUCGCCCUCAACCUGGAGGCCCACAAGAUCUCGCUCUUCAUCGACUGCGAGGAGGCCAUCGUCUUCGAGAAGAGCGGGGGUGAGGACGUGCUCAGCCUCAUCCUGCCCAUUGACCUGGAGAUCACCUUCGCCAGCGUGCCCGGGGACAAGGCCAGCAAGUUCCUGGGUUACUGGCAGACCGCAGAAGUCUCCACCAGUGGAUACAUCAGAAGACCGUGGCACUGUGAAAAUCUCUCAGACCCCAUGCCCUAUUCGUUCCCCAGCGCCGACAUGGAGGAGGCCUACCGGGAGGAUCCCAGCAUGCACCUGCAGCCGCAGUCCGACUCCGCCCUGGAGCAGCCUCUGCGCAGCCAGCUGGGGCCUCCGGGCCUGCAGCGCGAGGUGAAGCCUCCACCCUCCAGCCAGGAGGAGAGGAUCCAGAGGCUGGAGGAGCUGGUGGAGGGGCUCAGCACCAUGCUGGACAUGGUGAAGGCGCAGAACGCCGACCUGCAGCUCCGGGUUCGAUACCUGGAGUCGUGCGAGUGCCGCCGGCUCACCUGCACGUGGGAGGGCCGCGAGGUGGAGGAGGGGUCUCGCUGGGAGACGGACCAGGGCUCCGCCUGCGAGUGCGUGGCCGGGAAGGUGCAGUGUGCCGUGACCGACGGUUGUGUCUUUGAAGGCAAGAGGUACAGCAACGGAGAUGGCUUCAGUCCCGACCGCUGCGUAUCCUGUGUGUGUGAGAAUGGCCAUGUCCGGUGUCAGAAGCCAAGCUGCCCCCCGAAGACCUGUCUGAACCAGUACAUCCCACCUGGGGAGUGCUGUCCCACCUGCCGCCCAGGUUGUGAGUAUGAAGAGGAAGUCUAUGAGAAUGGAGACGUCUUUGUGUCCAAAACCAACCCCUGUCUGAACUGCUCCUGCACCAACAGUUUGGUGAAGUGUACCCCGAUGAAGUGCAAGCCGACACACUGCCCCAACCCCGUGCAGAGGCCCGGCGGGUGCUGCCCCACCUGCUCAGCCUGUGAUGUGGAAGGCAGACCUUACAACGGCUCCUUCAACACCCUCGACGGCUGCCAGAUAUGCACCUGCUCGAAUGGGCACCUGUCCUGCGUGGAUAUGCACACCUGUCCCCGCACCUGCAGCCACGGAGUGAGGCCUCCUUAUGCACCGUGCUGCCCAGACUGCUCCCGCUGUGACUUCCACGGCCAGGUUGUCCCCAACGGGGUGUCCCUCUCCGACAGCCAGGACCCCUGCAAGCGCUGCGUGUGCACGGAUGGAAACAUAGUGUGUUCGGCAGUUUCCUGCUCCCCUCUGGACUGCGUCGCUGUGGAGACCAUCGGAGGAGAGUGCUGUCCCAGGUGCAGAGGCUGUGUUCACAACGGCGUUGGGCAUGAACACGGGUCAGAGUGGCACUCACCGGACAGUCCCUGCACGGUGUGCACGUGUGUGGAGGGGAGGGUACAGUGUCAAACACAGAGGUGUAACCCCCGCUGUAAAAACCCCUCUAGCCCCCCACCGGGCUCCUGCUGUCCCGUCUGUGAAGGAUGCGGGAUGAAUGGUCAGGACUACCUCAAUGGGCAGCAGGUGCCAGGUGUAGACCGCUGCCAGCAGUGUGUCUGCACGAAUGGAGACCUUCACUGUAGCCCCGCCCCCUGCCCCCCUACUCCCUGCAGAAACCCAGUCAGAAGGCCUGGAGACUGCUGCCCACGGUGUGAACAGUGUGAACACGAGUCCCAGAUCUAUUUGGACGGACAGAUCUUCGUCUCCCACCAUGACCCCUGCCUGAGCUGUCAUUGUUCGGGUGGGGGGGUCACCUGUGAGCGCAUAGAUCAAAAGUGUCCCCCCCUGCGAUGCAGCCACCCUGCCAAGACAAAAGGACAGUGCUGCCCCACCUGUGACAUGUGUGAGUAUGAGCGUGCAGUCUAUGUAGAUGGGAAAGUGUUCAACCCUCCAGGGAACGGACCCUGCCUCCGGUGUACCUGCAAGGGGGGGAAUGUUCGAUGUCAUCAGCAGAAGUGCCCGCCCCCUCGCUGCUCUAAUCCAAUCAUGGACCCACACCACUGCUGCCCAAUCUGCAAAGUGUGCGUGUUGGAGGGGGUGGAGUUUGAGGAGGGUGUGGAGUGGGUGCCGGACGGCCACCCCUGCAGCAGCUGCAGGUGUGUCGGGGGGGAGCCCGUGUGUCAGGUGACCCAGUGCCCCGCCGUGUCCUGCCUGCACCCCAGCAAGAUGGAGGGAGAGUGCUGCGCCACCUGCCACCGCUGCACCUACAACCAGCGUAUCUAUAGCAACGGCCAGGUCUUCGUUGACCCUGAUGACCCCUGUCAGCAGUGCAGGUGUCAGGACGGCUCGGUGCAGUGCACAGGGAUUCAGUGCCCCCCCCUCACCUGCUCCAGCCCAAAGACCCCCCCGGGACAAUGCUGCCCCCAGUGCCCGGACUGUGGCUUUGAAAACCGUGUGUUUGUUGAUGGAGAGCAGUUCCCCAGCCCAGUCAAUCCCUGUCAGCAGUGUGUUUGCUUGGGGGGGAAUAUUAACUGCCAGGAGCAGGAAUGCCCCCGGCCCAACUGCAACCACCCGCUGCCUGGCUCCUGCUGCCAAAACAACUGCAAUGGAUGCAACUACGCUGGGAAGGAGUAUCCCAACGGAAUGGAGUUUCCUCAUCCUACAGACGGCUGCAGGACGUGUCAUUGUAUUAAUGGAAAUGUCCAGUGCCUGAUGAAGAGGUGCCCUGCAAUGCCAUGCAGCAAUCCCUACAUGGUGCCUGGAGAGUGCUGCCCCCAGUGUCCAGCACCCCCUGCAGACUGUCAGUAUGUGGGCCAUAGCUACAGACACACGGAGCAGUUCUACGACCCCGUGGAUAAGUGCCGCACCUGCGUCUGCACCAAUGGGAGCAUCAGCUGCCAGCGCAGGCCCUGUGGACACGCCCACUGCACCCACCCCAUCCUGCAGGACUGCUGCCGCACCUGCGACGGCUGUCUGUAUGACGGGAAGGAGCACGCCAAUGGGGAGAUGUUCCCGGAUGCCUCGGACCCCUGCGGGGUGUGCGUGUGCCGGCAGGGCUCGGUCACCUGUGAGAGGAAGCGCUGUCCCGCCCUCACCUGUCCCUUCCCUGUGCAGGAGCGGUGCUGCCAGGUCUGCGACGGGUGCAGCUAUGUCGGGGAGGAGUACCUGAACGGACAGGAGUUCAGUGACCCCCGUAACCAGUGCAACCGCUGCACCUGCGCAAGUGGUCAUGUGACCUGUAGCCCCAAGCCCUGCUACUCAUCUGGCUGUACCCACCCCGUCACCCUGCCAGGUAGCUGCUGUCCUGUCUGUGAAGGAUGUUUCUACAACAGUGUGACCGUCACCAACGGGCAGUCGUUUCCCGACCCUCUGGAUGCGUGUGUGGAGUGCACCUGCAGGGCAGGUACGGUGCAGUGUGUGCAGAGAAUGUGCCCCCCCGCGCCCUGCUCGCACCCCGCCCCGGGCACCUGUGACUGUCCCGUCUGCGGAGGUUGUGUGUUCCAGGGAAGGUCCUACAUUGAUGGGGAGAGCUUCCCUGGGCCCAAAAGCGCCUGUGAGGAGUGCACAUGCACGAAAGGUGAGGUGACCUGCGGCUCAAAGCCGUGCCCCAAGGUGACCUGCCCUCACCCUGCCGUCGACCUGUGCACCUGCCCCGUGUGCGAGGGGUGCCACUUCAACGGCAGAGACUGCGACAACGGGGAGCGCUUCCCCGACCCCAAAAGCAAGUGCCAGCGCUGCACCUGCCUGAAUGGGGGUGUCACCUGUGUUGCUGUCACCUGUCCCCCAGCCCCCUGUCGGAACCCUGUCACCCCGCCUGGAGAGUGCUGUCCCGUCUGCACAGGAGCGUGUGAUCACCUGGGGCAGGUGUACGAGAGCGGGAGCUCCUUCACCUUGCCGUCAGACCGCUGCUCCACCUGCACCUGCCUGAAUGAGGUGGUGACGUGCCGCAGGAAGCCCUGCUCUCAGCAGUGCUCUCACCCGGUGCCGUCGCGGAGGUGCUGCCCGGUAUGUGACGGCUGUCUGUACGAGGGGGUGGAGUACACCUCCUCUCAGACCUUCACCCCCCCGUCCAGCCCCUGCCAGCGCUGCAGCUGCCUACGGGGCAACAUCGCCUGCACCCCCACGGUCUGCCCCCCGACCCCCUGCCCCAACCCCGUCACUCCGCCCAACCAGUGCUGUCCCCAGUGCCAAGUCUGUGUCCACCAGGGUCAGGAGUAUGCAGAUGGUGUGCACUGGGUAUCCCCCACAGACAACUGUCAGGAGUGUACCUGUGUGAGAGGUGAGGUGCGGUGCUCGGGGGUGGUGUGUAAGCCAGCCUGUAAGAACCCCUCCCCAGUGCUGGGCCAGUGCUGUCCUCAGUGCCAGGACUGCUUCCUGGAUGGUGUGCUGUACAGCGACGGCGACGACUUCAGUCUGGACGGCUGCCGGCAGUGUUCCUGCAGGAGGGGUGAUAUCCACUGUACCAGUAUCCAGUGUCCCAAGCUGAUAUGCAUGCACCAGGUGACGGAGCCAGGGUCCUGCUGCCCAAGAUGCAGAGGGUGUGUGUAUAACGGCCGGGAGCAGGCGGAGGGCAGCACCUGGUUCGCCUCCAGCACACCCUGCAUGUCUUGCAUGUGUGUGGAUGGCGUGACCACCUGCUCAGAGGUGCGCUGCGUGUCCCCCUGCCUCAACCAGAUCCACGUCCCGGGGGAGUGCUGUGCUGUCUGCGCAGACUGCAUCUACAAUAACCGGGUGUACAGCCCAGGAGAAAGUUUCCACCCCUCGGAUGACCCCUGCCAGAUCUGCACCUGUGAGGUGAUGCCAGACGGAGAGCAGCAUCUGCGAUGUUACAGGAAGCAGUGCCCCAGCCUGCUGGACUGUCCCAAGAACCACAUCCUGUUCUCAGGACCCGACUCCUGCUGCCCAGUGUGUGCCCAGCCUCUGAGCAACUGCACAAACACUCUGAUUGGCAACGAGAUCCACGCCACUGACGACCCCUGUUUCACCUGUCAGUGCAAGGACCUCACCUGGACGUGUGUGCACCAAGGAUGUCUCCCGCUCAGCUGCCCUGUAUCAGAGCAGUUCACCCCCGAAGACUCCUGCUGUCCCAUCUGCGAGGAGUGUGUGAUAGAGGGUGAGAAUGAAAACCAGCGAGUGCCGAAUGGGGAGAGCUGGACAGACAGCAUGGAUGAGUGCAUCACCUGUACCUGUAAUCUGGGGUACAUCGAGUGUAACAUCCAGGAGUGCGGGGCGCUGGUGUGUCAGGACGGCCUGUUGAAGGUGAAGCCUCCAGGGAAAUGCUGCCACGAAUGCCAAGACCCCAGCGUAUCAUGUGUGUACCAGGGGACAGUCUACCUGUCUAACGAGCACUGGGAGGUGGACGAGUGCACUUCCUGCACCUGCGUGUCAGGAGAGGUUCACUGUCAGACGGAGCGCUGCCCGCAGGUCACCUGCGCCUCGGACGAGACCCCGGCUCUGAUUCCGGGGAUGUGCUGCCCCCACUGCAUCCCGCGGCCGGCCACCUGCGUCGCUUUCGGGGACCCCCACUACCGCACCUUCGACGGCAAGAUGAUCAACUUCCAGGGGGCCUGCACCUACGUGAUGGCUGAGGACUGUGAGGGCGGGGACUUCAGCGUUCACGUCACCAAUGAUGACCGCGGACGCAAAGGCGUGUCCUGGACCAAAGAGGUCACUGUCUUCAUUGGCGACGUCGUGGUGCAGCUGCUGCAGGACUGGGUUGUCAUGGUGGAUUACCAGACAGUGAUUCUGCCUUACCUCAAGGAGCCAUAUGUCUAUGUGGAGCGAAAGACCAACACCAUCUUACUGAACACCAACAUUGGAGUGAAGGUGCUGUGGAACGGGAGGUCCCACCUGGAGGUCAGUGUUCCGGGGACCUACAAAAACCACAUGUGCGGCCUCUGCGGAAACUUCAACAACUACCCCCAGGACGACAUGAGGAUCCCGAGCGGCCAGAGCGUUGUUUCGGAGGCGGCCUUCGGGAACAGCUGGAAGGUGCAGAGAGAGAACGACACCAGCGUUCAGUGCCGGGACGGGGAGGACAUCGACCCCUGUAAGGAGGCUGGGUACUCGGCCCGGAAGACUGCCAACGCCCGCUGCACCGUGCUGAAGUCGGAGGCGUUCGAGCGCUGCCACAAGGUGGUGCCGCCGGAGAUGUUCUACGCGUCCUGCGUGUAUGACCUCUGCGCCUGCGGCUCCAACAGCGACGACUGCCUGUGCGACGCGCUGGAGGCCUACGCCUCCGAGUGCAGGGAGGCGGGCGUGGUGCUGCAGUGGAGGAGCCACGCCCUGUGCGCUGUGGGGUGCCCUCUGGACCGAGGCUUCGUAUUCGACGAGUGUGGCCCCCCCUGUCCCAAGACGUGCUUCAACAAGGACGUGCCGCUGGGGGUGAUCGAGUCACACUGCUUCAAGCCCUGUGUGCCUGGCUGCCAAUGCCCAGCCGGCCUGGUGGAGCACGAGUCUCACUGCAUCACCCCUGAAUCCUGCCCCAAGGUCAUCUACGGCAACUCGUGAGGGACAUCACGCAUGCCCUGCCCC